GGUUGGCGGCCGGCGCUCCGCAGUGGGGGGGGGGGGGGAGGUAAGCGGGGCGGUGCGGGCGGGCGGGCGGCGGCAGGAGGCCGGGAGGGGAGCGCAGCCAUGGCCGUGGUGGGCAUCGACCUCGGCUUCCUCAACUGCUACAUUGGCGUGGCGCGCAGUGGCGGCAUCGAGACCAUCGCCAACGAGUACAGCGACCGCUGCACGCCAGCUUGUAUAUCUUUAGGAUCCAAGACCCGGGCCAUUGGGAAUGCAGCAAAGAGCCAGAUUGUCACAAAUGUAAAAAAUACAUUACAUGGCUUCAAAAAACUGCAUGGAAGAGCCUUUGAAGAUCCUUACAUACAAGCUGAAAGGGCCAAACUUCCUUACGAACUUCAGAAGAUGCCGAAUGGCUCUGUAGGAGUAAAGGUGAGAUACCUCGAUGAAGAUAGACUGUUUUCAGUUGAACAAAUUACAGGAAUGUUACUGGCCAAGCUUAAAGAGACUUCAGAAAGUGCUCUGAAGAAACCAGUGGCUGACUGUGUGAUCUCAGUACCCAGUUUUUUCACUGAUGCUGAGAGAAGGUCUGUAAUGGCAGCUGCUCAGAUUGCAGGACUAAACUGUCUGAAACUGAUGAAUGAAACUACAGCAGUUGCACUCGCCUAUGGAAUAUACAAGCAAGAUCUGCCAGCCUUGGACGAGAAACCAAGAAACGUGGUCUUUGUAGAUAUGGGGCAUUCUGCAUACCAAGUCUCCAUCUGCGCUUUUAACAAGGGAAAACUGAAGGUCUUAGCUACUACCUUUGACCCCUUCUUAGGUGGAAGGAAUUUUGAUGAGGCUUUGGUAGACUAUUUCUCUGAAGAAUUUAGGACAAAAUACAAGCUGAGUGUAAAAGAGAAUCCCCGAGCACUGCUACGAUUGUAUCAGGAAUGUGAAAAACUAAAGAAGCUUAUGAGUGCAAACGCUUCUGACCUUCCACUCAAUAUUGAAUGCUUCAUGAAUGACCUUGAUGUCUCCAGCAAGAUGAACAGAGCUCAGUUCGAGCAGUUGUGUGCUGCCCUUUUGUCCAGAGUGGAACCUCCUCUAAGAGCAGCCAUGGAACAAGCAAAACUUGACCGUGAAGAUAUCUACAGUAUAGAAAUAGUAGGUGGGGCUACUAGAAUUCCAGCAGUGAAGGAACAGAUCUCUAACUUUUUCUGUAAAGAAAUGAGCACCACACUAAAUGCUGACGAAGCUGUUGCAAGAGGCUGUGCCUUGCAGUGUGCAAUUCUUUCCCCAGCUUUUAAAGUGCGUGAAUUUUCCAUCACUGAUGUUGUUCCUUAUUCCAUAACGUUAAGAUGGAAAUCAUCUUAUGAAGAAGGAACGGGGGAAUGUGAAGUCUUCAGUAAGAACCAUGCUGCUCCAUUCUCAAAAGUAAUUACUUUUCACAAAAAAGAGCCUUUUGACCUGGAAGCUUACUAUACCCAUCCACAUGAAGUGCCUUAUCCUGAUUCCAGAAUAGGGCGUUUCACUAUUCAAAAUGUUGGUCCCCAACACGAUGGUGACAAUUCCAAAGUGAAGGUUAAAGUGCGUGUCAAUAUUCAUGGCCUUUUCAGCGUGGCUAAUGCUUCUAUAAUAGAGAAGCAGAACAUAGUGGGAGAUCACAAUGACACACCUAUGGACACUGAAUCAUCAAGCAAGAACCAAGGCAGAGAUGAUGAGCUGGAUAAAAUGCAGGUUGAUCAAGAUGAAGGUAUUCAGAAGAGUCAAGCUGAACAACAGAGCCAAGCAGAUGAGGAAACUGAAAAUGCAGGAAAUGAAACAAAAGUUGCUUCUGGAGACAAGCAAGACCAUCCAACCCAGCCAAAGGCUAAAGCGAAAGUUAAGAGUAUUGACCUACCUAUACAGGCAAGCCUCUACAGACAACUAGGACAAGAUCUUAUCAAUUGCUAUAUAGAAAAUGAGGGGAAGAUGAUGAUGCAAGACAAACUAGAGAAGGAAAGAAACGAUGCUAAGAAUGCUGUUGAAGAAUAUGUAUAUGACUUCAGAGACAAGCUGUGUGGAGUCUUUGAGAAGUUCAUCACUGAAGAAGAUACAAACAAGCUGACCUUGAUGUUGGAAGACACGGAAAACUGGCUUUAUGAAGAUGGAGAGGACCAGCCAAAACAAGUGUACAUGGAUAAGCUCCAGGAAUUAAGAAAAUUUGGACAGCCUAUUCAGGAAAGAUACAUGGAACAUGAAGAGAGACCAAAAGUUUUAAAUGAACUUGGAAAAAAGAUUCAGCUCCUUAUGAAAGCAGUAGAGGCAUACAAAAAUAAGGAUGAAAAAUACGAUCACCUAGACCCUGCUGAGAUGGAAAAAGUUGAAAAAUACAUCAGUGAGGCUAUGAAUUGGUUGAACAGCAAAAUGAAUGCCCAGAACAAACUAAGUCUAACUCAGGAUCCAGUUGUCAAAGUGGCAGAAAUACUGUCAAAAUCCAAGGAACUGGAUAGCUUCUGUAAUCCUAUCAUAUACAAGCCCAAACCCAAGGUAGAACUUCCCAGUGACGGGCAGUCCAAAGCUAAUGGUGAACACAAUGGACCAGUGAACGGACAGAGCGGUACUGAAACAAGACCUGAUCCAGCGAAGGACAAUUCUCAGCAGACCAAACCAUCUGGAGAAAUGGAAGUGGACUAAACCUUGCUUUUCUUUUACUUAAUUAAAAUAGUGCAAGUAACCACAGGGUCCAUUCUUUUUGUCUGGUACACACCUCAGAUGUUCAGUUAUUCUUAGCCAACCUUCUGUCAUUUGUUGCCGAGUAGUUUUGAAAGUGUUUCAUAUUAAGUACACCUCUGAUGUUCAUUUCCAUUGAUGCUGCUUAUGUGGAGCUUUAGCCAAAUGUAGAUUGUAUAAGUCAGUUUAAGCUUUCCCAAUAUAUUUUAUAUCAAACAUACAGAAUUGAUAUAUAAAUGGCAACAAUCUACCUUAUUUAAAGCUUUUAUUGUGGAUAAACCUCAGCUCCUUUAUUCAGGAAAGGAUACUGUAUUGCACUACUGAUGCUCAAGUGUAGAUCUAAUUGCAUCUUUAUUUUGGAAAAAUAUUGGAAUUGAAGUGGCAAAACUUGUCACUUGAAGCACUGACCUUUUCUAGUUAUUGUAUUGUUAUAAUUUAAAUAUUAAAAUAGAGGUUAGUUGGCAUACUAGUCCAUCUUGUUGAUGUACCAUGAAAAUUGUACGGUCUCUUUCAUAUAAACUAAUAUAAGCUUAAACACUUUUAGACUCCCAUACCACUAACAAGCUUAGUUACAAAAUACUUCAUAAUGGCGCUGCCAUUAGCUGAAAUGAAAUGAAUGGUCUCAUUGCACACUGCUGUACAUAAUGGACUGUGCUUAUGAUAGGGUGAUGCUAAUGAUAAUAGUAUGAAGUGGUAGAAUAUACAGGGACUGUUGCAUAGCUUUCCCUUGAAAAAUGUCUUGCUGCACAUGUUACUACUUCCACUUCCAUUUUUGAAUGAAGUCUGCAUCUUGAUCAUAUGUUACGCUGGGGAGGAGGAACAGCAGAAAUUGUACUGUGUGAGCUGGAUAUUGGCACAUCUAAUUUUGAAGUUGCUUAAAUAGUAUUUGUGGCAAAUUUGAAUACUGAGCGCUUGCUUAACCCGUGGUACUUGACAUACACUCCUUUUGACCAAGGAUCUAAACAAAAGAGCAUACAAAAUGGAUGUUCACCCUAAAGAUGAAAUUGAUGAUACUUGAUGAAAGAUGAAAUGAUACUUGAUGCAAUUGAAAUUGCUUACCUGCUCAUUAACUUUCUAAUGAAAGUGUCAUGUUAUAUAGCUGAGGCACUAUUUCCUUAGUCUUGCACAUCACCAAGAUCCAAUGUCUGUUCAUACAUUUAUAGGCUUCUGCUAGUCACAGAGGUACUGUUGCACUUGUUAAAAACAAGCCGCUUUACUUCUGACUUUAAACAACUCUAUUACCAGAACAGGAAUGAGGAAUGGGCUACUCCAUGAAAAGUGGUCUAUUAGCUAUGUCAGCCUGAGAGUGACAUAAAUUGCAGCGUAACACUUUACUGAUGUGAAUUCCAUUGCAGAUUGGCAUUUAUCUGUUCAGGUGUUAGGCAUUCCAGCAGCAGCUCUCCUCUAUAAGUUUGUUGCUCUUGUAAACAAGCCAAGGAUUGUGUUCUUGCUUCCAGCUUUGGAAGCUGUUUUAUCUUCAUCUGUGCCCUGAUGCUACUAAAAAGGAUGCUACUAAAGAGUCCUAGGCCUAAGCUGUGGUUGACAGAGGGGAACUGUACUCUGCACCGUAUUCACAGAAAAAAGAAGCAUCGCUUACAGACAUAGCUAUAGCUGCUGAACUAGCUCAAGUGCUGGGAUUGUACUUCUAUGACUGAGUUGCAGGCACCUCCCCUACUCAGUCAGUUGUGGGUGAUGUGACACCUUGCAUUUACUUACUGAAAGCUCUUGAACAAAAGCUGAGUGACCUUGAGGCAGCAGCAGAUACUCUGCAAUCUCAGUCUUGACUUGUGCUGCAGCAGUCGCACAUCUUUGGCACCCAAGCGGUGCCUGUGCUACAGUGUAGUUGUCCUUUGUGUAAGUCAGUACGUGACUGAGCAAGCUUUCAUCCCGUAGGCUUUAUGAGAAUCUUUGUGGCUUUACCACAGUAAUGUAAUAACUAGCAUUCUUAAGUAUUGGCUUCCUAAAACCCAUCUAAACAUUAAUUUGUUGAGUAAGUAGGCUUCCUGAUACCUAGCAGGGGAAGAGCUCGAUCAUUGGAAAUCUCCCAUGUGCACUCCAGUAACUGAAAGGUCAGCUGUAAGAACAAAAAAAAAUGGUUCUCCUGCUCUUGGUCAUUAAAUUCUCAAUUGCAAGCAGUAGAAGCAAUUUUUAUGCAUAAAGGCCAAAUAAAUUUUACAGCUGUUCAAUAUGUCAAGCUUAAGCAGAUAUGGUAAAAGUAGCCUUAGUAAGAUUUUCUUACUGGAGUAGUGUUUUGCUGUGCUCUGUCUCUAGAUGUGCAGAGUAUUGCUACAUGUAAACUGCAGACAGCAACUGGUUGCUGGUAACAAAGUACAUGUUAAGAAUUCCAUUUGUAAGGGCAAACUUGGUCUUUCCAGAGUAAGUUUCACAUUAACGUGUGAAGGAAUGACCUGUUAACGUGUAAUCCAUUUUCUGUUACGAAGAAGAAAACUUUACCAGGACAUGGACUUAAGGUGCUCAUCUACUCAAACUAUGCACAACUCAAACAGGUUUUGCACGUUGGACUGCUGAGUUACCUUGUGGCCACCCUAACAGCACCAGAAUGAAUUACCUUUAAAUACAUCACAACAAGCUUUGGCGGGGGGGGACCAACAGUAGUGUGCUACCCUGAAUCUUUUAUAGCUUAAAAAAA